GUCAACGUUGGCAACGUUGUGUACGACGUCUGCACUUGUUUUCUUUUUUUCCUGCAGUGUCCUAAAUUGUAUUGCUUGCGCACUUUUGACCUGUCACAGCUUGAAAAGCGAAAAAGAAUGGCGCGUUAUUUCAGGGAGCAAGAUAUUGACGAAUUUAGAGACUGUUUCUACCUGAAUGCCCAUUCUGGACAGAUACGCACGUUGGACGAAUUAACUGUCAUCAUGCGUUCUUUAGGCUUGAGUCCCACGAUUACUGAGCUAAAGAAGUACUACAAGAAUAAAGGUACGCUACUUUCUGCCCUCGUUACUUUCAUUGUCUCCAUGGUCUUCAAGACUGCUUCACCGAAGGCAAUGGACGUACUUCAUGUAAGACCGUUAUGUUUAGGCGGAAAGAUAUCCUUCGCCGAUUUCCUUGAGAUCAUGCACAGCCACAGCGAGAAGGAAAGUAUACCCCAGGAGAUUGUGGACGCUUUUCGAGCUAGUGACCGAAGUGACUCUGGACAGAUAUCUGGUAAAGAACUCCGUCGCAUACUCAUCCACUGGGGAGAGAAAUUAAGCCCUAGAGAAGUCGACAAUAUCUUUCGGGAGGCGAACAUCUCACCUACUGGUCCUGUGCGCUAUGAAACACUUGUGAGGGUCGUCUGCGCACCUGUUCCUGACUACUACUGAGAUGCAUUCCGUCGGCAAUGGCACAACACAAAACACUGAACCCCAUGUCAAGGCCUUUCAACUCAGUUGAAGGGCAACAAUUGCAGUUUAUAACCAGUGCUUCAUUGCCGUGUCACCAGUGUCAGCAGAUUCCAGUUUCCAUUCCGUCAAGUGCCACUGAUUUGAGACAAAAUGUGCUGACUACACUUGAUCAUAUCUAAAAACAACAGUGAACAUGAUGCGAGUUUCCCUUGUUUAUCUGAAAAUCUGAACGCUCGUGACACAUCUCUGCGCAAUGCAAGUCAGAUACAGCAAUCACCUCAAAAUCGGUCGACAGCUCAAUUAUCAGUAAUGGGCCGCAAGUAAGUUUAAGUGUGGUGAUGCGGAGCGUCAUAAGAAAACGUGUGACAGUGUUUGUUAGCUUUGGUUAGGGUUAAGACUGCAGGUUUUUGAAUGAGAACUUUUGCUACUGAAGAGUGAGUAGCAUAUAUAUUUUGUAGUAGUUUAUACACAUAUUUAUAUUACAACCAUAUAUGCAUGGACAUACAUGCUGGAAUAAAGCAAGAAUAACCAAAAAGAGUGAAGGUUUAUCAAGUUUA